GCGAUCUAUUUGUACCCCCGUCCUCGCACUACCCAAGACGCACUCAACGUCUCCUCCCUCCAGUCCUUCGAAAACCUUCAAACGCCCUUGCACUUGCAGUGAAGGGGACGACCGAAUUUGAGCAGAGCCUGCCCUGCCCAGCGAUCGAUUAGAGAGAAGCAAUCAUCCAAGCAGCUAUCUGUACGUAGCUAGUUGCGACUUGCGAGAGAGCUUGUGUACGUUAAUUUCCUUCGUAGGGGAUCGGAUCGGAAGCAAGCAUCCAACAACAAGGCUCAAAUGGCGAGCUCCGACGAUGGUGGUUCCAGCGCCCCCAGGGACGUGCCGGGCAGCUACGGGCUGCCGCUGGUGGGCGCCGUGCGCGACCGCCUCGACUUCUACUACUUCCAGGGGCAGGACAAGUACUUCGAGUCCCGCGUGGAGCGCUACGGCUCCACCGUGGUGCGCAUCAACGUGCCGCCGGGGCCCUUCAUGGCGCGCGACCCGCGGGUGGUGGCGGUCCUGGACGCCAAGAGCUUCCCGGUCCUCUUCGACAUGGACAAGGUGGAGAAGAAGGACCUGUUCACGGGCACCUACAUGCCCUCCACCUCCCUCACCGGCGGCUACCGCGUCUGCUCCUACCUCGACCCCUCCGAGCCCACCCACACCAAGGUGAAGCAGAUGCUCUUCUCCCUCCUCCUCUCCCGCAAAGACGACGUCAUCCCCACCUUCCGCUCCAACUUCUCCGCGCUCCUCGCCACCGUCGAGUCGCAGCUCGCCAAGAGCGGCGGCAAGGCCGACUUCAACAAGCUCAACGACGUCACCUCCUUCGACUUCAUCGGCGAGGCCUACUUCGGCGUGCGCCCCUCCGCGACGGACCUCGGCAGCGGCGGGCCGACCAAGGCGGCCAAGUGGCUCAUCUGGCAGCUCCACCCGCUCGUCACGCUCGGCCUCCCCAUGGUGCUCGAGGAGCCGCUGCUGCACACCUUCCACCUCCCGCCGUUCCUCGUCAAGGGCGACUACAGGGCGCUGUACAAGUACUUCUCCACGGCGGCGAAGCAGGCGCUGGACACCGCCGAGGGCCUGGGCCUGUCGCGCGAGGAGGCCUGCCACAACCUCCUCUUCGCCACCACCUUCAACAGCUACGGCGGGCUCAAGGUGCUGUUCCCGGGCCUCCUGGCCAACGUCGCCAACGCCGGCGAGAAGCUCCACGAGAAGCUGGUGGCCGAGAUCCGCGGCGCCGUGGCCGAGGCCGGCGGCAAGGUCACGCUCGCCGCGGUGGAGAAGAUGGAGCUGGCCAAGUCCGUGGUGUGGGAGUCGCUGCGCCUGGACCCGCCCGUCAAGUUCCAGUACGGCCACGCCAAGAAGGACCUGCUGAUCGAGAGCCACGACGCCGUGUUCCAGGUGAAGAAGGGCGAGAUGCUGUUCGGCUACCAGCCGUGCGCCACCAAGGACCCGCGCGUGUUCGGCGACACGGCCAAGGAGUUCGUGCCCGACCGGUUCGUCGGCGAGGAAGGCAGCAAGCUGCUGCAGUACGUGUACUGGUCCAACGGACGCGAGACCGAGAACCCCAGCGUCGACAACAAGCAGUGCCCCGGCAAGAACUUUGUGGUGCUCGUCGGCAGGCUCUUCCUCGUCGAGCUCUUCCUCCGUUACGACACCUUCACCGCCGAGGUCGCCACGGAGCUGCUCGGCGCCAGUGUCGUCUUCACCGCCGUCACCAAAGCUACCUCAGGUGCGGGCAGCGAGUAGAUCACCGGCCGGCGCGUCGUCAUUGGUUGGAUAUUUGGAGGGUCCCAUUUCCUAUAUAUAUAUUUCGUCUCUUUUUUUCCCCUAGCCUUGUAAUAAGAUUUCUCUCUCUCUCUCUCUCUCUCCUCUUCACGUGUGGUUUUGUAAUGCAUGUUGGCAUGUUGCAUAAAUUGCUCCAGACGAAAUCUUAUCUUUUCACAAAGAAA